AUGAAGUCUCGUCGACCCAGCUGCACUGACUCUGGAUCCGAGUUCUCAGAAUCGGACUCCAAGAGCCCGGAGAAAUAUGAGACCGCCACGAGGCGGCGGAUGGCUGCGAACGCCAGAGAGAGGAAGAGGAUGCAGGGUUUGAACACAGCCUUUGAUCGCCUGCGUAAAGUGGUCCCCCAGUGGGGCGAGGACAAAAAACUGUCCAAGUAUGAAACUCUGCAGAUGGCCCUCAGCUACAUCAUGGCCCUAAACCGGAUCCUGACAGAUGCAAGGAGGCACAACGCUCCUCACAGGCAGUGGCUGGACCUGCAGUUCGAUUGUGUGCAGCCUGAAAACUACCCAUGUCUCAUGAGGUACGACUCUCCAACCGAGCAGGAGUACAUCCACUCGUCCUUCUCAUAUCAGUUCGACGGCCAUCAGGUCCACGUAUAA